AUGGAGGAAUAUCGGUUUUGGUGCCGAAUGCCCUAUUCAGAUGAAAGGAUUCACCGCCCUCCGCCAGGUUACAUUGGGGUUUACACCCGUCAGUUGCAGUACGGGCUUAGGCUCCCACUUCAUUAUUUUGUAACUUUUGUACUAAAUGGGUACAACAACUUGUUGUGCCAGCUAAACCCUGAUCAGCCUCUUAGUUUACACGAGAAGAGGUUUCAAAGAGUCAACGCAGCAGAGUAUCAGCAACAAAAACCUUGGUGGAAGAAGAGUGACCACUUCUUUGUUCUGACUGCCGAGGAACAAGCUGCUACAGCUCGUGCUUCUACUACUGCUGAGAGUUCCGCUGCUGCUGGGACUUCUGCUCCUAUUGUCGAGCGAGCUGAAACAAUUGCUCCAGGAGUUGAAGGAAGUGAAGACGAAGAUGAGCGUCUGCUCAAUAAUUCGUCAGACGAGGAAGAAGAGAAAAAGGACAAACAUGUUAAAACUGUCCAGGAGUUGUCCUCAGGCGAAGAAAUAACCAGGCCGAAGCGGAGGACCAUUAUUAGACCAGGGCAAUUUCAAGCUGCCCAUGUGCCUGCUAAGAAGCCUCGGACUCAGGAAGAGAAGUUGGAAGAACAGAUCGUUUCUCCCGGUCCUGCUGAAAAGAAGGCUGAGUUUCUCCUUCCGAGCCGCUGGUCGAGGCUUAAGAGGUUCAGUCCAAGAGCUAUUCAGAACCACACUCUGGCUGUGGAGAUGAAUGAGAAGCUGAGGCUCAAACAUGAAGAGGCCGAAUGUCAAGCUAACCUCGCUAGGCUUAGAGCCAGAGCCGCCGAGGAAAAGGUCGCAAGGGCCAGGGCUGACAUAAAGGAUCUCCAGACGAAUGCUGAUAUUGUCCGUCAAGACUUGGAGAAGAAUUUGUUCCGACUCAUGGAUCAAGGAGCAGAAUUGCUGAGGAAGUACGAAGUCGAGGAGAUCCCUAGCCUUGAGUCCCGAACUCGAGAGCUUAAAAGCGAGAAGCACAAAAUGGCUAAGGAUUUUCGGCAGAAAUCUUUUACAGCCGAGAAGAAGUCGUUGAAGGAAAAGACUGAUCUAAGAAAUGAAAUUCAACGACUCUAUGAUCAAUUAAAAGCGCAGCAAGAAGAAUCCUCCAACACUCAAGCUGAACUUGAAAAGGCUCAGCAACUAUUGACGGUGCGGAUUUAUACCCAAGCUGAGUAUAACGAGGGCUACGAGAACGGGUUCAACGAUCAAGUGGAGGCUUGGGCCUCAGAUGAGAAGGAUGUUCAUCCGAGGGAGGCCAGCCAAGCUGAAGUCGACUUCCUGGCUCGUCAGGUAGAGGUUGAGGCCCGAGAGGAGGAAGAGGCUGAAAGGACAGAGAAGGAAGCAGCUCAAAAGCUGGAGUUUGAAAAGGCUUUAGUUCAUCUUGCUUCAUCCUCAACUUCUUCAAUUUCCAGUGGCCAAGAUUGUCCUCUUUAG